UCUCAGUCCCAUUCUGAUUUCGAAAUGAAAAGAAGCUUAUCAUUUUUACUUGGUGUGUUCAUUUCAAGCAUAGUUGACCUUACGAAGGCCACACCUUGCACUGUUGAAGACACGAAACUUUCAGGUGAAUGUAAAUUCAUGACUGAUUGUCCUGUUUUAUUUGCUGAAUAUCAAAAGUAUAGAAAAAUGCCGACAAUUUGUGACCCAAGGUAUAGGACAGUUUGUUGUCCAUUAGAAAUUACCACUACUACAACAACAACAACUCAAUCAACAAAACGAAUUAGUGAGAGAAAGUGUCAUGAGUAUGGUCAACAUAUUUUUGAGACUAAACUUGUACCAAAUCCAGUUUUUGGUGAAUUACCGGUGGAAAAAAGAAUUAAUCAUUGCGCGCAUAAUGUUGUUGAGUUGAUUGUAGGGGGUGAAGAAGCUCGUGAAGGUGAAUUUCCACAUAUGGCACUGAUUGGAUAUAGUGAAGGAAAACCUGAUGAUUAUCAAUGUGGAGGCUCUUUGAUUUCCGAAGAGUUUAUUCUCUCAGCAGCGCAUUGUUCGUCUACUUCCAAAGGUGUUGCAAAAUUUGCUAAACUUGGUAACAUCAAAAGAUAUCAAAACACGUCAAACAGUUGGACUUACAUCAUUGAAAAAAGAAUUUUAAAUCCAAACUACAGCUCAAGGGUGGCUGAAGAUGACAUCGUCUUAUUUAAACUUAAUGAAGUCGUAAAACUUAAUCGUUUUGUUAUUCCGAUUUGCUUACCAACAACUGAUGUAUUAACAACUAGAAAAGCAAUUGCAAGUGGAUGGGGACGUGAAGGAUUCGCAUCAGAUGUCAGUGAAGUACUCAUGAAAGUUAUUAUCGAAUAUUUCUCUCAAGAAACGUGCAACAGAAUUUAUUCAGAUGAUAGUAAACUGACUCAAAAUGGAAUCAAUUUCGAUAAAAUGAUUUGUGCUGGUUCGACAAACAAAACAGGAGACACAUGUGAUGGUGAUUCAGGUAAGAAACCGAUCAAUAAAUUCUCAAUGAAUUUAACUCAAACUUAUUCGAAUGUUUCAGGUGGACCUUUACAAAUUUUCCGUGAUGACGUUGAAUGCAUGUACACAAUUGUUGGUAUCACAUCAUUCGGAUCAGUUUAUUGUGGCCUAAUUGGUAUUCCAGCAAUUUACACAAAAGUCUUUUAUUAUCUCGAUUGGAUUGAAUCGAUUGUAUGGCCAAGUCAGUGA